CCCCCCCCCCUGAUUGGCCUAUAGGCCCUGAGGAUUUAGCCCAGGCAAGCCCGAACAUUAAGGCGGCCUUGAUUACAACUGUUAUUGUUGUUGUUGUCAUGGUACUAUUUUGGACUAUUUUUGAGGACAUCCAAUAGCAAGAACAGCUUGAGUGCCAUGGCUGCCUUUCUACACCAUUGCCCCUUCCUGAAGUCGGCCCCAAAACCCGCUCUGCGGCGGACCGGCGCGGCUCUGCUCUCCCUGGCCGACCGGUGCCCCAUCAUCGCUCGCCAGAUCACCGUUAAAACCGACAUGUACGCCGCGCCCAGCCAGGCAGCGCCAAGGCACUGGGCUCUGGACCAGAGGCGGUGGUACGCCCAGUCCGCCGGCCAGGUCGCUGCGUCCCUGGCGAAGAGCUGUCCCUUCGUGGCCUCCGAAAUACGAGUGGUGCGGGCAAGCUCCGAGGUACAGGAGGACGUACAGCAGGACUACAAACCAGGUGUGAUGGCCUCUCUGCUGAACGGUCUCACGGGUUUGGUUCUCCAGCCGUCUCAGGGCCCUGCCGCCCCCACCGUCUCCCAGCUGCUCCAGGACAACAUCAUCAGCGGCAGCUACAACUACGACCGCUUCUUCGAGGACAAGAUCGCAGAGAAGAAGAACGACCACACGUACCGCGUCUUCAAGACCGUCAACCGCGACUGCGAGGUGUUCCCGUUCGCCGAGGACUACUCGCUGCCGGGGAGGGAGGGCGCCCGGGUGUCCGUGUGGUGCAGCAACGACUACCUGGGGAUGAGUCGACACCCACAGGUGCUGAACGGAAUCAGCGAGGCCCUGGAGAAGCAUGGAGCAGGCGCCGGGGGAACCAGGAACAUCUCGGGCACCAGCAACAUCCACGUGACCCUGGAGAGAGAGCUGGCCGAGCUGCACAGGAAGGAAGGCGCGCUGGUGUUCUCCUCCUGCUUCGUGGCCAACGACUCCACCCUCUUCACCCUGGCCAAGAUGCUGCCCGGCUGCGAGAUCUACUCCGACGCGGGGAACCACGCUUCGAUGAUCCAGGGCAUCAGGAACAGCGGCGCCAAGCGCUUCAUCUUCCGCCACAACGACAGCCAGCACCUGGAGGAGCUGCUGGCGCUCUCUGACCCCAAGACCCCCAAGAUAGUGGCCUUCGAGACCGUGCACUCCAUGGACGGUGCGAUCUGCCCCCUAGAGGAGCUGUGUGACGUGGCCCACCGCCACGGGGCCCUCACCUUUGUGGACGAGGUGCACGCCGUGGGGCUGUACGGGGCCCACGGCGCCGGCGUGGGCGAGAGGGACAACGUGAUGCACAAGCUAGACAUCGUCUCGGGGACCCUGGGCAAGGCCUUCGGCUGCGUGGGCGGCUACAUCGCCAGUAGCGCCGCCCUGGUGGACACCGUGCGCUCCUACGCCGCGGGCUUCAUCUUCACCACCUCGCUGCCCCCCAUGGUGCUGGCCGGGGCGCUGGAGUCGGUCCGUGUUCUGCGCAGCCCCGAGGGCCAGGCCCUGCGCCGCACGCACCAGAGGCACGUCAAGCACAUGAGGCAGCUGCUCCUGGACAACGGCCUGCCCGUCAUCAACUGCCCCAGCCACAUCAUCCCCAUCAAGGUGGGCGACGCCGAGCUCAACACCAUGAUGUGUGACGCCCUGCUGGAGAGACACAGCAUCUACGUCCAGGCCAUCAACUACCCCACGGUCCCCCGUGGAGAGGAGCUGCUCCGCCUGGCCCCCUCCCCCCAUCACGACGCCGCCAUGAUGGAGUACUUUGUGGAGAAGCUGGUGGAAGUCUGGCAGGAGGCGGGACUUCCUCUUGCCAACCAGACCAACAUUUCCUGCAAUUUCUGCGGCUCCGCGCUGCACUUUGACCUGAUGAGCGAAUGGGAGAAAUCCUACUUUGGCAACAUGGAGCCCCAAUACAUUACAAUGUCUGCCUAGUCCUUACCGCCCCAUCUUAGGCAUUACCAUGACCUCAUUGUCCCUAGCAUGAUAACCUAUUACUAUCAUUACCAUGAUGGCCUUAUCAUCACCAUUGGUCCUAUUCGUCUUUUUUUGCCAAAUGAUUACCAUGACAACCUAGUCAUUACCAUGUUUCUCUUGUCAUCACCAUGAACCUGUAGUCAUUGCCACCUCUGCCUUUGACAUUGUCUUCCUAAUCAUCACUCUGACAACAUAGUCAUUGACAUUACUGCCUAAUCCUCACCAUGACAUGAUGUCGUCAUUACCAGGUCUCUUCGCAUUGCCAUGACUUCCUAGGCGUUAGUCUGUCUAGCCAUGAACACUUCUGCCAACCUAGCCAUAGACCUUUGAAGAAUAAGUCCCGCUUCCGAGGCUCCGGUCCCCUCCGUCAAAUGUCUAUGGGAAAUAACAUUGGGCUUUUGAAAGAUCGUACAUAACAAACUCUGUAGGUGGCGAAGAAGUAAACGCUGUGUCACGUUUUGAACUACACACUUUUUCCAUGUAAUUUCGACUGGGUAUUUGGAUUGUCGGGGCCAGCAUUAAGUAGCAUUAAUAAUCGUUUACUACUUAAACGGCGCCGACAAUCCAAAAACCCAGUCGAAAUUACAUGGAAAAAGUGUGUCGUUCAAAACGUGACGCAGCCUUUAAUUCUUUGCCACCGACAUUUGUUAUGUUACAUGCGGGACUUAUUCUUCAGAGGUCUAUGACAACCUAGCCAUUGUAGUGUCUGCUUGUACCAGUAGUGCCUAGUCUUUACUCUACUGCCUAGUCAAUGUCACAAGUUCAUUUUAAAAUGAAAGUUUCAAUAAUAGUGUCCACUUUUCAAUUGGAUACAAAUCUUGAGGUGCUUGUAGAGAAAACUGGAUUACAGUCCCACAUCCAAUACACAUAUCAACAAUUAAAAAACAUUUUAAAUCAAAUGGUUCAUUUAUUUAUAUGCAUAAACGUUAACCUCAUGUGGUUCAUUGUAUAAAACAGACUACAAAACA